CGGUCCAGCCCCGGCUACGGCGCCCGGUGCGGGACUCCCGGCGUGCUCCGCGCGGGGCCGGGCCGGGCCCAGAGCUGCCAAAAUGGCCGACUUCGAGGACCGGGUGUCGGACGAGGAGAAGGUGCGUAUAGCUGCAAAAUUCAUCACUCAUGCCCCUCCUGGAGAAUUUAAUGAAGUAUUCAAUGAUGUCCGGUUAUUGCUUAACAACGACAAUCUUCUCAGGGAAGGAGCAGCACAUGCAUUUGCACAGUAUAACAUGGAUCAGUUCACUCCGGUGAAGAUAGAAGGCUAUGAUGAUCAGGUCUUAAUCACAGAACACGGUGAUCUGGGCAACGGCAGAUUUUUAGACCCAAGAAACAAAAUCUCUUUCAAGUUUGAUCACUUAAGGAAGGAAGCCAGCGACCCCCAGCCUGAGGACACAGAAUCAGCUUUAAAACAAUGGAGAGAUGCCUGUGACAGUGCACUGAGAGCUUAUGUGAAAGAUCAUUACCCCAAUGGCUUCUGCACUGUUUAUGGUAAAUCUAUAGAUGGACAGCAGACAAUUAUUGCCUGUAUUGAGAGCCAUCAGUUCCAGCCCAAAAAUUUCUGGAAUGGUCGCUGGAGAUCAGAAUGGAAGUUUACCAUCACACCACCAACAGCUCAGGUGGCUGCAGUGCUCAAGAUCCAGGUUCAUUAUUAUGAAGAUGGUAACGUUCAGCUGGUUAGUCACAAAGACAUCCAGGACUCUGUACAGGUUUCAAGCGACGUUCAGACAGCUAAAGAAUUUAUUAAGAUAAUAGAAAAUGCAGAAAAUGAGUACCAGACAGCAAUCAGUGAGAACUACCAGACAAUGUCAGACACCACCUUCAAAGCCUUACGCCGGCAGCUGCCUGUCACCCGCACCAAGAUCGACUGGAACAAAAUCCUCAGCUACAAGAUUGGCAAAGAGAUGCAGAAUGCUUAAGGUGGAAAUAAGGAGCUGUAUGAAAUGUUUGUGUGCAAAACAAAAAACGAAACAAAUGUGGUCCUAUGCCAAGUAGAUGGUUUCUAAACCAGUGCAGCAUAUUUCUAGGGCUUUCAAAGUUGACAGGUUUUCUAGCCUGAGAGAGAACUGUGGAACAAAUAGCAUUGUCUUUGUGUUUUGUGUUUCCUGCCACGUAAGCUUCCUCUUGUGAUUGCAUAUACUGAUAGGUCAUUUUAAUUAAACCACAUUCAUGGUUCAGAAGUGUAGCUGUUUUCAAUCACUAAUUGUAAUGGUUGGAAAACUGCCUAGCUGCAAAAGCCCUAUUAUAAAUACAUCUGAGGGUGCAGGGCAUUUCCUUCACCUGUGUACAGCACUCCAGGUACUCCAGUAAGUUCAUCCAAUCUGCCAACAGCUCAAGGCACUGUGCUGCAAGUUGUAAUAAUGCAGACACAGUAAGUGCUCCCAAGCAUCCUUGCUACUGACCUCCACAAAGCAAAAGCCUGUAGGCCUGGAUUUUACUACACAUAACGAGUUUACAGUAACCAUUACAGAAAUUCCUGCACAGCUAGCUCUUCCAGGGGCUUUUUUUCCCCUCCAACCUGAAGAUUUGAGCCACGUUCCCUUAGAAGUGAACAUUUUUGCUCUCCCUUAUGUAUGUACAGUUAUCAGACAUCUGCAUUUUUAGAGAACUCUGAGUCAGGUCGCUGCUGAUCUGUGGAGACUGGAUUAGAUUAAAAAUGCAAAUGUCUGCAAAAUAGGGAUGUUGUGCUUUAAUGCUUUGUGGCAGGUUCAUAACAUUUGUAUCACAGGUGUAUGGAUGGAUAGCAUACAAAAUAAAUAAACUUGAACCAAAGUGGGAGGAACAACUUUUCCA